AUGGUGUCCUUCUUCGGGCUAAAGCUCGGAGGGGACAAGAAGAAGAAAAAUGACAAGUCAGCUAACCUUGAAGGGCCUCAGCCGAAGGAUGGCGACAGCGACUUUUUCGGCACCACUCUUAACAAGCAGGACCUCCUACACCUGGACGCGAGCACGCCCAUUCCACGCCCGGGUACAGCCUCUUCCAACCGGUCGUUACCCCGUCCGAAGCUCCCCUACAUGCACGGCAGCGGAAGCAUGGUUGACCUGGCUGCUGGGGCCGGCGCUAGCUUCCAUGCGACCCAGCAAUCGAGCAUCGGCUCCGGCGUUCGUCACUACGGUUCAGAAACGAAUCUGCGCACACGCUGGAACAAUGCGAGUUCCACGAGCCUAGUACCACCGCCAAUGACGCCGGCAGCAGCCAACGGCCGGCCAGGGACUGCCGGCUCAAACCGCGGCACCGGUUGGGUCAACCCCCUUGAUGUCCAUUUCUGCCGCGACGGCUCGUCAGGUUCGACGCCUUCGAGGACCCAACAGCAACAACGGCCGUCUACUUCGUCUGGUGCCAAAGCAUCGACGCCGAUUGUUGCCUCGACCGCACCGCAAAUCCCCAGGAGCCCUCUUGGACAGUUCGAAUUCAACCUGUCUCCACUCGACGUAUCGAGCCCAGCAACACUGCAGCCCGUUAAACCACUGAGACGAGCAGAAACGAGCCCGAUGCAGUUGCAACCGGCAUCGGCUGUAGAUGAGAACAGAACUCUCAAAUUAACAAAAUCACACUCACCGCCGAGGUCAUAUCCGUCGCCGCCACCGUCUCUGAAUAGCACGGAGAAACCCUGGCACGCCCGUGACAACCCCAGCACUAGAAGAGGGAACGUUAUUCCGCCACCGGGGUUCAGCACAGCCGGAAAAAUACCCCGCCGCCCGCAGAAUAUCGACUCACUCCCUUCCCCAGCAUCUUCGCAUGAAGAUCAAGAAAUGGGCUCUUGGGAUCGACCUGACCGCCGCCGAGGAGCGCCAGGCGAACCGCCACCACCGGUCGAUGUACGAGGCACACAACAACCUCAUGGGCCUCCGAGAGGACCACCGCCACAAAUGCGAGGCCCCCCACGACCCUGGCCACCACCUGCGCAACGGAUGCCUAAUGCCCGACCGCGACCACACGAGCCUGCCCCGCGCAUCGCGCCACCUCCCGUCGCCAGAACCGGGCUGCCGCUGCGGUCUCCCGUUGAGCCAGAUCACCCCUCCAAAGGACCACAGGAUUUCAACUUGCCCCCACGCCGCCCUCAGCCGUCGCCAGUCAUCGACGCGGAUCGCAGUUACGGUCUUUCGCCAGCGAAUCGCCGAGCAGCGCCCCCGCGGCUUAACGUUCCCGCACCCCCGCUGCGUGAUGAAGGCUCACCUCUCAGUCCCUCAUACCAGUUUCCAAAGUUCGACGAAGGCGACACAUUUUCUUCGCCAAGACAAGCACCGUCGCCGCUCGGUGCGAGCCCACGCCUGCAGCAGGAGAGUCCCAAGGAACCCCCACCAGGUGCUUCGAGCUGGCCGCUUGCCGACGGCGGCGGUGCGGAUGUCAGCAAGCCCCACGCGCCACUGGUGAGCCCAAGCUUCCGGGAACGCUCACCUCCACCACAGUGGGCGGAGGAUCGUCGCAAGGUCGAGAGGGCGAAGACACCACCUCUCGAGGGAGGUGUCGGGAUGGGGACCAGACCAGACUUUGGUCUGAGAGCGCCAACAGGGAUUGCGGAUGAGUUCCAGGUGGGGUUCAUCUAG